GAUGACCAUGCAGACAAAGCUGUCAAAGAGCAGAGAGUCUCUGCCUUACGGACACAAACUUGUUCUGACGGAGGACAAGUCAAGAAGGGUGACUCCAUCUGUUUACACCCAGGAGAUGCUACAGUCCACAGAGGAGCGCCUGGCAAACACCAAGGAGAUGCACCCGCCCCGGAUCCUGGAGCUCUUCGACAUGAGCAAGACGACACAUCACAAAUUGUCCUUGGUGGACCUAGACCAGGCACUUUUCCAGCCCUGCCCUUCCGAGCUGUGCUUCCAGAACUUCUGUCCUGCACAGACCUACAAGCUGCCGCUAAUCCUCUUCAACAUGGACAAGGUUUCUCGACAAGUGAAGCUGGAGCUGCGGGUCUCAGAGUAUUUCCAUGUGGAAUCCUCAAAGGAUUCAGCUAGCAAGGUUGCACCAGGAAUGUCUACGACUUUCACAGUAUGCUUCACCCCGCAAGAGAACAAGGACUACGACCACAGGCUGUUUUUCGUGACCGAGAGAGAGCGGUUCGAGGUGCCGGUCCGCGCCAUCGGGCCACGGGCCAUCCUUGACUUCCGAGAUGAGCUCUAUCUACCGCUCUGUCCCGUGAAAGCCUCCACAGAGAGGACUCAGCUAGUCCGCAACAAAGGAAACCGCAUGGCUAAGUUCACGCUGCACACACAAAGGCCUUUCUCAGUGACGCCCUCCUCUGGGACUCUUGAUACCGGCGAGAGCAUGCAGGUGACAGUGAAUUUCCACCCAAUGACCACAGGAGACCACAGCGAGGACCUGCACCUGCACUACCACACUGGUGAGGACGUGUGCAUCAGCCUGUACGGAGCUUGUGAGGAGAUGAACUUGAAUCUAAACCCAGACUCUAUCGUGUUGACCAACACUUACAUCUCCAUGGCCAACGUAAACAACGUGUCUCUCACCAACACCAGUGACAUCCCCAUUCACUACUGCUGGUCAGUGUGGCCCAGCCUGGAAGAGCAGGACCUGUGCUUAUUGAGGGACAGCCCAGCGCUCCUCAAGAAGGAGGAGGUGGAAAAGGAGCGGUUGAUUCUUCAGUGUGAGUCUGACCCUAUGGCGAUCCACCCCCUGCUGGCCAGAGCUGUGCAGGAACGUAGGAGCCAGGAUUCAAAGGACUACUUCCUGGCCCUCUCACACAGCUGCAUAACCGUGGAUCCAAUGGAAGGUGAAAUAUGGCCCAACGUCACUGCACAGUUCAACAUCGUCUUCAAGCCAGAGGAGUCCAAGCUCUACCAACAGACCAUAUACUGUGAUGUCACAGGUCGUGAGUCUCGGUUACCCCUCACAAUCCAGGCUGAGGGCAUGGGACCUAAACUCCGCCUCAACUACAACCUGUUGGACAUGAAAAAUGUUUUCAUCGGUAGCAAAAAUUGUUUUGAGGUACUGGUUUCCAACAAGGGGCUGAUUGAUGGCCCCUUCCAGCUGUCAUGUCCCGACACCACUUUCGGACGAUGUUUCUCCUUCAGUCCCGAGGAAGGUGUCAUUCCCUCUGGGGGCUGCCAGAUUGUGGAGGUCACCUUCCACAGUCGCAUCCUGGGAACCUUCUCUGAGGACUUGCAGCUGGCUGUCACAGGGCAGCCCAGACCACUUACCUUGACCUUCAGGGGCUGCGUAGUUGGUCCCACAUUCCACUUCAAUGUCUCAGAGCUCAAUUUUGGAGAUGUGGCCUUUGGCUUCCCAUUUACAACGGUUUGCACCCUCUUCAAUACCUCUCUGGUGCCGAUGACCUUUGCCCUACGUGUCCUUGGAGAUGGACUGGGAUCGCCGAGUGUUAGUUGCUCCCAACAGGUAUCUGAGAUGUCCAGAAACAAUUGGCAAAGCUGCGCUGUUAGAGACAUUCAUGCACGGCCUGUGGAGUUCACCGUCAAACCUGCCGUCGGCUCCGUUCGGGCCUUGUCCGAUGUCACCAUUAAGGUGACGCUGUGCUCCAACACAGCCGGGAGCUACAGGCUGGCGCUGGUGGUGGAUGUCGACGGUGUCGGGAAGGAGAUCAAGACUCUGCCCAUCAAUGCCAGAUGUGUUGUGCCUGAGAUUGUGCUGGAGACCCCGGUGUUGGAUUUUCAGAGAUGUUUCCUCAAUUACUCCUAUGAACAGCAAGUGCGGCUCAGCAACCCCAGCACUCUGCCGGUCUGCUACGGGCUGCUCGACCAGGAAUAUGAGGAGAAUCCAUCACAGCUUUUUGGCAGUUCUCGACCCAGAGGAGUGAUUUUUCCUCACACUUCCGAGAUGGUUCCCGUGUUCCUGCUGACUAAGGCUGUUGGAAGGCUGCAGCACAGUCUACAUAUUGCGGUGUAUGGCAGUGUUCAUCCACCCCUGGAGGUGGUCCUGUCGAGUAUUGGACAGGGUCCAGUUGUUCAUGUACAGAACCCACAGCUGGACUUCGGCAAAAUCCCAGUUCUGACAGACGUCACCAGGACCCUCCAACUGUCAAACCAGUCCCCUACUCCAGCCAACUUCAGGGCUCGCAUGAGCCGCGGGAAGUCCUUCUGGCGUGUGAAGCCCAGUGAGGGUGAAGUACCACCGAACAGCCAGCUGGAGCUUUGUGUAGUUGUGAACCUGAAGGACACAAUCGAGUUCCAGGACAGAAUGGAAGUGUCCAUCCAGCACAGUAGAACGCUCAAGGUCCCGCUGUCUGCCACAGGCACCGGCACCACAAUUGUUAGUGACAAGCCUUUUGCCCCAAUCCUUGACUUAGGGACAUACUUCAGUCAUGAGCCAUGCCAGUACCACUUCAAGCUGACCAACCAAGGCCAACGGGUUCACCGGAUGUACUGGGGGACUGAUGGCAACCCGCCCCAGACCAAAACCCGCAGGUGGAACAACUUGUCUGGUCGACCCGUCCUGCCCCCCAUCUCGGACCCCAAGAAGAAGGAUGUCCAGAAGCGUGGAUCUCUACUCUCCUGUCAUAGAGACAAGCCAGUGUUCAGCCUCAUGCCUUGUCGGCUGGAGCUUUUCCCAGGCUGCUCGGCUGAUAUGGUGCUGACGGGAUCCUCAGACUCAAACAAGGUUGUACAGGAGCGUCUGCUGUGCAAAGCCAUCGUGGGUCAGCAGGGCUCUUACGAGGUGCUCAUGUCUGUAGAUGUCACCUGUCGCUUUGUUGCUCCUGUGCUCGACUUCUCCUCAAAACAGCUGAACUUCUACAUCGAGAAGGUUCCAGGAAAUGAUAUCAGGCCUCUCUAUGAGAAACUGGUCUUGAAGAACGUGUCGUCUCUGAACCUGUCCAUGAAGCUCUCUCUUGUGGAGCCAUUCUCUCUGUGUGAUGCCCCCGGAGCACAGAGCUCAGCUUCCACAAGGUCCAUGGCUUUAGGUGACGGGAAACAGGCUGACUUGUGGGUGUGCUUUCAUCCAGAUUGUCAAGAUCGGGAGUCACGAGUCGUGGAGGAGUUCCUUGAGGUGCAGUACGAGGGACACCCACAGAAGGAUUUGGUGGCGCUGCACGGUGAAGUCCACUUCCCCAACCUGCACUUCUCCUCCACCACAGUGGACUUUGGCUGCGUGCUCAACCACUCAGAGACUAAAAGAACAAUCACAAUCACCAACUGCUCCAAGUUGCCUGUGUCCUACCGCUGGGCCUUCCGGGAGAACCAGAAUCACCUCAGAGAGACAGAGAUGCCAGAAGAAGAGAAUGUGCCUGACGAUGGGAGAAGACAUCCUCCUUCCUCUUUAGCUCCCCUGAACCCAAGGACUGGUGUGGAUGAGGUUUUUGACGUCUUGCCGUUGUACGGUCGCCUGCAGCCUGGAGACCAGCAGCUCGUGAAUUUGUCUUUCUAUGGCCACACACACAUCAGCAGAGAGGUGACAGCCCUGUGCCAUGUGGAGGAGGGGCCCACAUAUGAAAUGAAACUCAGGGGAGAAGCGUCAGUAAUCAGCUACAGCCUUGACCUCACCCACGUUAACUUGGGUGUGCAGCUUUUCGAUCACGUCGGGGAAGGUGAGGUGACCCUGAGGAAUACUGGCAAAGUGGGCUUCAAAUUCAACAUCACACACCCACAAAACCAGGAGGAGGCAGCAGCUCUGCGGAAGGCCCCAGAAGAGGAGGAACAUCGACAAGAUGCAAAAGAUAAAGGAGAGAAUGAAGAGCUGCAGAUAGUCAGACCUGGUCAGCUCAUGGUCGUCCCAGCCUUGGGUUACAUCGAUGCUGGUGCGGAGCAGCGCCUGCGUGUGCUCUACCUCCCCGGCACCCCAGAGGUUUUUGAGAAGCGGCUCCAGCUGAACGUGGCGUUCCUUCCAGCUCAGGACAUCACUGUGACUGGAGAGGGAGUGUUCCCAAGGAUCAGCCUGGACCUACCUCGAAACCUGUCAAACGAGUGCUACAGUGACGCGGUGCAACAGGCCCGAACAACUGUGGAGGCAAAGGGGGUCUCUGCAAAUGGUGAAGGAUCGACAGCAGAGUAUGAAAAGCUGCUUUACCAGGAGGUCGACAGAGCGCUGGUCAAAGAAAACGCUCUCACCAUGACUGCCAGCUUCCUGAAGCUCAGGUGCUCGGGGAGCUCCUUUCGGAAGUGUGACAAACUUAGCAAGUUCCUGCUGCCAGAGUACGUUCUGGAUUUUGGUCAUGUGAUUCCCAGGACAGUUCUCCACCACACUGUGAAUGUCACCAACUCUGGAUCAGUACCUGUGUCGUUUCAGGCUAAUCACAAACCGCUCGCCGACACAGGUUUCAGCGCUGAGUUUGAUCGGGUGAAGAAUCUGCCCUGUGCUGAGACUCGGAGCUUCACAGUUAAAUUUGAUCCUCAAGGAGCCAAACAGCAGCUGGGAUAUAUCAGGGUUGUCCUGCCGAUACAGGUUGCAGGAGGUCCGAUGGUGCAGGUGCGGCUGAGCGCAGUGGUGAACGUGCCGGCAGUUACUGUUUCCACAGAUUCACUCCAGUUCGACUCUGUACAGUGUGGAAUGUGUCAGAUCAAGAUAAUACAGCUGGUUAAUCAUGAGUCUGUGCCCUGCGACUGGAGCCUGGCUGAGCACGUGAAGCCUUUUCCAAAGGUUGACAAGUUCCUGCCUCUUCAUCUGCGUAAGAAAGUCCGGCAGGCGCAGCGAUCCCCUCCGCCGGUGUUUACGAUGAUUCCCUCCUCCGGCGUGCUGGCCCCUGGUGAACAAGUCAACGUCCACGUACGGUUCAGUCCAACUGAAGGGCAUGCGUACCACCGGCAGCUCAUGGUCCGCGUCGCUGACAACACGGAGCCGGUGAUCAUUACUGCCCAAGGUCAGGGGGAGGAGCCACAGCUUGAGUUCUGCCCGUCGGUGCUGGAGCUGGGACCUUGCCUGCCUUCGUCCACUGACGUAGAGUCUGAGGUCAUCGUCAGAAACCCCUGCUCGUUUCCCAUUGAGUUCUACUCUCUGGACUUCGACACACAGUAUCUGGAGGAAGAGAAGAUCCUGCGUCUGAUGCAAGGUUAUGAUGAGAACAACAUAUUGCUGCUGCCCCCCAGAGUCCCUGGAGAAAGUCUUCCCAGAGAACUGCUCGACUACUACAAGGAACAUUGCUCCCAGCUGAAAGAAGAUGGUAGAUUCAUAGACAAGCAUUUAAAUCAUACACUUGCAUAUUCAAUCAUAAUCAUUUCAGAGAUGGCCACAGAGGAAAGCAGUGGGAAAGUGGGAGAGCUCGGAACGAACCCAGUCUCCAGAGCGAUUGCCCGCCACAUGCGUGACAACCUUCCACCGGAGAAUCUGGCCGCACGAGACAGCAUAGGCAUUUCGAUAAUUGUGUAUGGAGCUCCACAGACAGGUGGGAGCAACACAGCCGCUGCUCUGGCUCGUCACUAUGGAGCUGCAUGUGUCAGUGUUGAUGCAGUGGUUACAGAUGUGCUGACUCAUGGCACCUCACCUGUUGGCUUGAUGGCAAGACAACUCUAUGACUUUGCUGCUGCAGAGUACGCUAGGAAAGAGGCUGCUCAGAAAACAGAUGGAACCAAAGAACCAGAACCUGCAGAACAUGAUGAAGCCUCAGACCCAAGUAAAGAUUCACCUCCGGCUUUACUGCAACUUGUUCCAAAAGCAAAUGAGGAAGGCUUCAGUAGAAACGGCAACAAGAAACCUCAGGAGACUGAAAAACCAUACGAUUCCCUCUGCCUGGGAGGAGAUAUGACCACACUCAGGAGUCUCUUACCUGAUCAUCUACUGGUUGAUAUCCUGGUGGAGAGAUUUCAGGUAAGACAUUCAAAAGACUGCCACCGCGGGGUCGUGAUCGACGGCCUGGAGUCUGUGUUCUCUCAAUCUGUGGCUAGCACGCUGCAAGUCGUCCUCAAGGCCCUGAAAAACAUUAAACACAUCUACGUGGUCAAUUUGUUCGACUCCUUUGUUGCCAGGACGGCACGGGACAGAGCGCAGAGAGAAGCUGAAGAGGCUCUGCAGAAGGAGAAAGAGGAGAGGGAGGAGCAGUGGUUUCUGGAGCUGGAUGAGGAGGAGUAUGACGCUCUGCCAGAGGAGCAGAAAGAAUUUCUUAUACAGCAACAAAAAGACAGAGUCCAACGGCAGAAACUCAGGGAGUUGGAGCAAAUUGCGAAAGAGGAGGAAGAAAAGAUGCAGCAGGAGGAGUUGAACAGGCUGAAAGAAGAAGAGUUGAAGAAGAAGGGUAAAAAGGGUGGAAAGAAAGAUACUAAAGACAGUUCGAGCAGGAAGAGUGCAAUGGAAGGAAAGCUGUUCGUGGAUUCAACAAAUAAACGGAUCUUAUCUACCGCCAACAACUCUAAAGAAUUAAAUGAAGGUUCUCCAAACAAAGAGGCAGAUGAGUCACAAAAGCAGAUGGAAGAAAACAAACAGUUACACGCAGAUCAUUCCACAGAUAAGGCGGAGAUAGAAGAGACUGCGGAAACUGCAGAGAUGAUGACGCUGAGAGAAGAAAGAGAUGUGACGAAAACCAAAAAGAGUGGAGAAGGGUCAGGGAGGAAAGGUCCAUCUGGGGGAAAGGAGUCAGCAGUCGGACAGGAUGCAUCUAAAGUAUCAUCCUAUCAAGGUAAAGAGGGGGGUCACUCACCCAAGAAGACAGAAGAAGCUAAGGGAUUACCUGGAGAGACGCCUCAAACUGAAGACGUGGAGGGAGACACGACUGUGGUGUCUGAGCUGCAGUCUCAGUUCCUUGCCUAUGAGCAGAGUCAAGUGCAGGUGGAGCACAUCCUGAAGCACUGGGACCGGGCCAGGGUCUUGUUGCUGGUCGCGCUUGCCAGUGAAGCUCAACCAGUGCCAGAGGAUCCCCCGGCUGACAAACAGGUUAGUGCAAGUCCUUUUGGCAAAAAGAGCAAGAAACCCGGCGGCAAGACGAUGUCUCCGAUGCCUACGACGGCAGAUGCAGAUAAGGAAGGAGACAAGUUGCCUCCUCCGGUCAUCAUCCCUCACAUUGUGCUCAACGUAACGGAGAAGGACCAUCCCAGUCCUUCAGAGCUGCUCAGAGGCAGCAGCCUGCCUCCACUGGAUGAGGUGUUGGAUCAUUUGGGGCUGGGUCCCAGCAGCACACCCCUCCCGCCUCCCGUCACCUUCUCGGUUGUUCCUUUCCCCCAAAACAGGGAGCAAACAAAUGGUCGACUCACCCGUGAGCCUUUCACCUUCCUAGUUACUUCAGGGCCGGACAAACCUGGUGAAGAGACCAGAGAGUCAGAGGAUGAAUCUAUAAAGGAAGAGCCAACUGUGUCUAAACCUCGCCGCAAGGGCAGCGGUAAGGAGAUCCCAGUAUCAAAGGAGAAGGAUAAAAAAAGCAGAGAGAGUACCAGGAGCAAGAGCCGAACCACAACCAAGAAAAAAUCAAGUCUACCGACCCCCUCGCCUACGCUCAAUGACACCACGGCUGAGGGCAAUGAACCAGACCAUCACCAAGAAAUCUUAGAGCUGAAACGCAAUCAGAGCCUGACAACGUUUCGCUGGGUCGUACCAGCCAACGGGGAAGUGCUUCUGAAGAUCUGGUUCUUCUCUGAGUCCCUGGGGAAGUUUGAACAGACCUUUCACUUUGAGCUCCUGGGAUCCCAGAGACACUACGAGCUCCCCUGCAGAGGAAUUAGCAUGUUUCCCUCCAUCUGCACAGAUUACAUGACUCUGUUUGCUCUCAGUAAUAAGGUGCCACAAAUGAAAGAAGGCCUCCAGAAGAGCUUUGUUGUAAAACCUGGAUAUUUUGAGUUUGGGCCACUGCUUUGUAGCAAGACUAGAGACAGAUUCAAGGAAGACAGGUACCCAGAGAACACGCAGAGGUUGGUGAUUCAUAACAACUCAGGUCUGGAGUCUGAGGUCGAGUUCCAGUUCCAACAUGACAGAAAGGCCAUUACAUUUCUGCUGGACCCUCCAACCAUGACUCUCCAACCAGACGAGAAAAAGGAGUUGACAGUGUGGGCCUACCCGACGAAGGUGGCCCAUAUGAAUGACAGUGUCAUCUGCUGUAUCAAAGACAAUCCAGAGCCUUUCAUUAUCAACUUCUCGUGUUGCGGUGUCCAACCAGAGCUGGAGCUGGAUAGCAGACACAUGCACUUUGACAGAGUUCUGCUGCACAGGCUAAUCAGCCGUAACGUGACACUACGUAAUAAGUCAGCUCUGCCUGUAUCCUGGAGACUGCAUGGUAUAGACGAGUUGGGGGAUGAGUUCAGUGUGCCACAGGAUCAGGGCAUCCUCUCAUCCAACUGUUCUUUCCCCCUGACCUUAAACUUCAGGGCCAAGAAGCCACUACACAUCAAGAAGACCUUGCGUUUGGAGGUGUCGGACGCUGAGAACAUUGUCGGCAUCUUACAAACUGAACACAUAGUGGUCCAAGCUGAAGCCUAUGAUGUAGCUCUGGACAUCUCACCAGAUGGAUGUCUAGACUUUGGAACUGUUCAAGCCUUUGAAGGGAAUAACCUCCCUCUGAAGAUGACAAACCAAGGAAAAUAUGAAAUCUCUUACAAGUUCAUGUUGGAGCGGACGGAACCAAACCAGCCAGACCUAGACUCCAUUUUCACCGUGUCCCCCCAGUGUGGCAGUCUAAUGCCCAAAGAAAAGGCGACACAAGUUCAGAUCCAUCUCAAACCCAAAUGUGAACUCCAACUCAGAGAUCAACCCAUCCUGUCCUGCCAGUUGAUUGAACCCAGCAUUGGGAGUCGAGGCGAAACCAUAGCCAUCUUGAACAUCAAGGUUUCAUUCCAGUCUGUCUUCUCCAGGUACAUGAUCACACCUGUGCGGGACAUCAACUUCGGUCCACUGGCCUACGGCUGCAAGAAAACCCUGAGCUUUACGAUCGAGAACAACGGAAUCUUUGAGACCCGCUACAGCAUCUGCACAGACUCUUCUCUAACAGUGAAGCCAGUGGUCCCAGAGAAGAAGGAGAAUGUUCCAGGGAGGCCCAAAGUGAGAAACGAGUCCUCCCAGAAAGACCUGACUCCUGUACAGAAUCGCCUCACGUUGGGGGUCUUCUCAGUGUCUCCCUGCGUAGGGAUCCUGCAGCCAGAGUCUCAGCAGGUGGUGACGGUGGAUUGUGCAGCUGACCAGCUGGGCAACUGGAGCCAGGGUUUGCUCAUUGACGUCAGUGACCGUGACCCCUCAGAUCAGCCGGGGGGCAUUCCAUACAGACUGCUGGCUCAUGUCUGCAAGCCCGACAUGGUGUUAGACAUGGCCUCCAUCUUUGAAGAGCAUCACCUGUGUCCCGACAGCAGACAGCUCUCCUCCGAGCAGUUUAACGAUGCUGAAGGGAUUUACGUCCUGGAUGAGAACAAGUUCAUCUUCAACAAAGUCCUGGUCAGGAGGACUGCUCAGGCUCGCUUCAAGCUCACCAACAGCAGCAAGGUGCCCUGUGUGCUCAUCUUGUCCAUCAAAAAUGGUGGUACCAAGUCGACCCGUCAGGUGGAUGCUUUUGAUUUGUCUGCUACAACACUGAACAUCCCCGGCCAGUUGCACGCAUUCGCUGUGGUCACUUUCACGCCACAGUCAAUGCAGCUAUACAGUGCUGUGUUCGAGGCCACAGUGGAGGGAGCCAGCAGAACGACACCCACAUUCAAUACCAAGGGGCUGAAGUUUGACCUGGUGGGAGAGGGCAAUCUGCCCAGUGUGUGUGUGCUGCGUCCAGCGCUGAGGACCAGCGAAGGAAGCCCAGCGUUACAGUUCAGACGGGAAUUAGUCGGGAGAAGAAAUACUCUGCCCCUGGUGCUGCUGAAUGAUGGAACUGUUGCAGCUCAGGUCCAGGUUGACAUGCUGGAUAAACAUGGUGUGUUCAGCUUCAACGCGGCUCCAGGCAACACCUGCAGCUCGAUCCACUUCACACAGCUGGAGGGCUGCACUGACUCAGAGAAUCAUCUGGUGCACAGAGCCACUCUCAAGCUGAAUGUUAAUGAACAGGUGGAGAUAAUGGUUGGUUUUUGCUCUGAUGAGCCCUUGAUGGUCGAGGCCAAGUUGACACUGCAGGUGGAGGACAACCAGUGCAGCAAUACCAUUAUACAAGUGACCGCAGAGACUUACCAGAGAAUCGUCUCUCUUGACAACAUCAACUGGUCAUCACAGGAAAUGGACCAGGACAAUGAGAGAGAUAGUUACGAGAAGCUGAAUUUUGGUGACUGCCAUGUAGACUGUCACUACCAAGAGAGUUUCACCAUGAAGAACCACAGCAGCAGCCAGGCGGUGAGGUUUGAGUGGCCUCCUACUGGACCUGAGCUCGUCUUUACCCCACAGGUGGGACACCUUCAUGCUGGUUGCUCUAAAGAAGUGACCGUCACCUUUAGCUCCCACCAGCCAGUGACCAUGAAAAGCAAGCUAAUGAGAUGUAAGGUUUGCCAGGUGGAGUUCGAGCAGCCAGUGGACCAGGUGGCCGACUGGGACGACCGACAGAGGACAGUCCAGUGGCUGAGUGGCUCAAAGGAGGAGGCUGCUACACAAUCAGAGCAACCUGCGAAGAAUCAGGUGACAAACCCAGAACCUGAGCCCUGCUGCUCUGUGGUCGAGGGCUCGCAGUGGGAGUUGGAUUUGCAGAUCAGCGCAGUUUGUGACUAUGUGAAGUUCAACUGCAUCGACACCAGCAUCCACUUUGAGGACACCAUGCUCUACCAAAGAAGACUCCACCAGCUGCAGCUGGUGAAUCAGGGUGGUGUCAAGCUGGAAUACUCCUGGCAGGUUGUCAUAGAUCUGAUCAGCAACACAGCCGACGACCAAGAAGCAGCAGUUUCGGCAGAAGCCCGUCCUCACAGCGCUGUGUCCAGUGAGAUGACUCCUCUGAGGGAGGGCCCUGAACUGUCUCCCUUCAGUGUGGAGCCCAGCAUCGGGUUCAUAGCUUCUGGUUCCACGCAGAACUUCAGCGUUUGCUUCUCACCUCUGGAAGUGGCCCAGUUUCAGGGCAGGCUGCUCUGCAGUAUUCCCAACCUGCAGGGAGAGAAUCAGGCUCCCUGUAUCCCAGUGUGCGGCCGCAGUCUACAGCCCCUCUGCCACUUUGACCUUGAGGACUCGGACUACGUCAGUGGGAACCACCGCAACCCGAAGUUCAGGGACUCUCUGGACCCCGACAUCAGGAUCUUAGAGUUCAACGCUGUCGGCCUCUCUGUGCCUACAACACGGUCUUUUGCAGUGUUGAACCCAACCGGCAAACUUUACUCAUACAAUUGGAAGUGUGAGAGCCCAGGUGGCAGCUUGUUUCGCUGUCUCACCCCACGUGGCAUCGUCCAGCCUGGGAAGCACGUGGAGAUGUUGUUUGAAUAUGUAGCCGAGCAGCUGGAUGUGGUGGAGUCUUUCUGGAGCUUUGUGAUUGAGACUCUACCGCUGACACUUCCUUUCCUGUUUGUGGGCAAAGCCAAAGAACCGCUCGUGUAUCUCAGCAGACCUCUCCUCGACCUGGGAGAAUUACUUGUCGGUCACAAAGUGGAGCAGACAGUUGAUUUGGUGAAUGGAGAGGAGGAGCCUUUUCUCUUCUCGGUGCAGCAGUCAUCUCUGCUCUGUGAAGACCAGCAGUCCAACAUCAUUGUGCAGCCCAUGAGUGGCACAGUGGCACCUAAAGACAGGCUGCCGUUGACUGUGUUCCUCACACCUUGCCGGGAGGGCUAUGUGAGCUGCAGAUUGACUCUGAAGGUGAAGAAGAAGUCAGAGCUGCUCACACUCACUGUGAAGGCCGACUGCUUCACCAUGAGCACUUUGGUUCAAGUUGAGAAUCCAGACGGGGGCCUCAGAGAGAUCGACUCCACCUACCAAGUCACUCUGGACUUUGGAGAGGUUGACAUUUCAAAGCAACCCACCAUUCAUCUUCUGGUGACCAAUCUGGCGAGAUUCAGCAUGGAUGUGAAUUUUGAGCUAACUGGUCCCAGUGAGCUGCUGAAAUACUUGGAGGCAAAACCACACAAUGCUCCUGUUGAGAGAGGAAAGCAGCUGCAGCUGUCGCUCUUGUUCUGUCCCAGAGGAAACUGCUACCUUCAGGAUGUCAGCCUGACUAUAAAGGUAAAAUAUGGGCCGACAUUUACCUUUGUGGUUUUAGGCAGGGCUGUAGCACCGAGCCUGGAUUUCUCCUUCACAGAAUUCAAUUUUGGCAAGUGCUUCCUGUACUGUCCUGGGAUGGUGCUGCCGUCCAAGACUCUGGUGAUCAGCAACAAAGGCGACCUAGACAUCAGUGUCCAGAGCCAGUUCAAGAACACCUCCUACCUGGAGAUGGACUUCCAGUCCAUUGUUUUGUUACCUGGUGCUGUGAUGGAGGUACCAAUCACCUUCUAUGCUCGAGAGGCGUGUCGAUACCACGAGAGGCUCGGCUUCCUCUUAAACGGCUGCGUUACGAAACAGGUGGACAUACACGGACAGGGCGUCGAGAUGAAGCUGCAUGUGGAGGAUCCAAAGCACAAAGAGGUGAAACUGGGAUCUUUGAUGUUGGGUCAGAAGGUGAAAAAACAGGUGGUUCUGGUGAACCGCAGCCGUACAGAGCUUUCCUUCACUCUGCUGCUCCACUCAGACACACUUCUGGACCCAAGGGAUCUGUCGUUCAGUCCAGCAGGGAAACUGAGCCUGAUGGCUCGUGGUGGAUCUUGUAAGGUUGAGAUCCAGUUCUCUCCUCGUCAGCACAUCCCUCCUUUCAAAGCUGAGCUGCAGGCUGAGCUGUUAGGACUGUUACACCCUCUGCUGACCAUCCAAGGCUGCUGUCACGGUGUGGAGGUGCGGCUGGAUCAGGACCACCUGGCCUUUGGACCUGUCGCUCAGCGAUGCCAGAAGACGAAGAGGAUUGUGAUGACAAACAGCGGAGACAUUGGUGUGAGUUUCCACUGGAACAAGAGGAGCUUCCCUGCAGAGUUGUCCAUCUCGCCGUCUAAAGGCUCCAUCAGUCCUGGCAUGAAGGUUCCUUUUGAUUUGACCUUUGCCCCCAAGGACCUGAGUAAGGACACGAGAUACGAGAACCUGACUUGCUCCGUCGAGAGCCGCCCCUCGCCCGUCACCCUCACCGUGACAGGCUCCUGCAUUGCAGCUUCCACUAGCAAAGAGGUGGUGAAUUUUGUUUGCCCGGUACGUUGCUCUCACCCUCAAACCCUGACACUGGUAAACCCCUCAAACCAGCGCUGCACCAUCCGACCUGCCAUCGAAGGGAAGCAGUGGAGAGGGGCGCCCUCUGUGACCCUGGAAGCUCUGCAGAGUAAAGCGUAUGAGAUCACCUACAGACCGCUGACCAUGACUGCUGAAGGAAAGAAACACCUGGGGUCCGUCUUCUUCUCCUUCCCUGAUGGGACAGGCCUGAUGUACCCGCUGCAGGGAACCGCUGACCCUCCCAAGCCAGAGGACACUGUUUCCUAUGAGCUUCCUGCCAAGACUCAACACACACAGUCGCUCACUGUGCACAACUGGCUCUCGGAGAAACAGAGGUUCAAUGUGCAGAUAAAGAUACUGAAGCCUGAAAAACCAGAUGCCACCAUGUCUCUGGAGGGUCCAAAGUUCAUCAAUGUUCCUGCUCUGACGAAGGCCGACUACAAGAUGACUUUCUCCUCAUACAGAGAGGGGCAGUACAACUACAAGGUGACAUUUCUUAACGAGGGGACAGGCGAGUACAUGUUCCACCUCGUAAACUUCAAGGCCACUUGUUCAGAAGUCUUAUCCACCAUCAAGCUGGUGAGCAUUGUACGCCGGACGGCCUCAGCCACUGUGCAGGUGGAGAACCCCCUGACCACAUCCACCUGCCUCACCACCGAGUGUAAAUGCGCCGACAUCAGUGCCCCACCUAAGCAGACUGUGCCUGGACAGUCCAAGGGUUCCCUGACGUUUGAGUACCAGCCUCUGCUUGUGGGAGAAUCCCAGACCCGGCUCACUCUGAUCAGCCCCGAUCUGGGUCAUUUCCACUACGACCUGCUGCUCAGAGCUCUGCCUGCACCGCCGGAGAAACCCGUCCACUUCAACACGUCACUGGGCAGCAGCCACUCUGUGCUUGUGAAGUUCAUCUCCCGCUUCGGAACAGAAUACACUUGCAAGGACUUUAAGACGGACUGCCCGGACUUCACCGUGGUCAAAGUCCUCGGCACCUCACCGGGCUUCCAGGCCGGCAGCGAGGCCAGAGUGGAGGUUUGUUUUGAGCCUCACCAGCUGGGGGAAGUGAAGGGACAGCUCACCCUGUCCUCACCCAUCGGUGGUGAAUACAUCUUUCCCUUACAUGGGAUCUGCACCCAUCCCAAAGCCCAGGGCCCGUUUAGCAUCAAGGCCGGUGGCAAGCUCAGGAUCCCAUUCAAGAACGUCUUCGCGCAGAGCAUCGCUUUAUCUUAUCAGGUGGACAACCCCAGCUUCAGUGUGAAAGGAACCGACACCAUUUCCUCCAAAGAGACAACAACCAUCGUGGUGUCAUUUGAGGCAGGAUGCCCCCCGGGGCCCUGGUCAGGCAAGCUGACCAUCUCCAGCCAGCGCAGUCAGGACACGCCUUGCUCAUGGGUCUAUUACCUGAGGGGCUACCUUCAAGACACAGCUUAGAGAGUGAUUCACAUGCACUCAAACACACACAUGCCAAAGGACUUUAUUGUGUUGUUACGGUUCAAGUUUUUAUUUAUUUUUAUUUUAUGAAUGCCAAAUAUACUGAAUAAAACAUUCUGCA